AAUAAAAUGGCUAGAACUAAACAAACCGCUCGUAAAUCCACCGGAGGGAAAGCUCCUAGGAAGCAGCUGGCCACCAAGGCUGCGCGUAAGAGCGCCCCGGCCACCGGCGGCGUUAAGAAGCCUCACCGCUACAGGCCCGGUACCGUGGCUCUCAGAGAGAUUCGUCGCUACCAGAAGUCCACCGAGUUGCUGAUCCGUAAACUGCCCUUCCAGCGCCUGGUCAGGGAGAUCGCCCAGGACUUCAAGACCGACCUGCGCUUCCAGAGCUCUGCCGUCAUGGCUCUGCAGGAGGCCAGCGAGGCUUAUCUGGUCGGUCUGUUCGAGGACACCAACCUGUGCGCCAUCCACGCCAAGAGGGUCACCAUCAUGCCCAAAGACAUCCAGCUGGCCCGGCGCAUCCGCGGGGAGAGGGCUUGAGCUGUCCGCUCCAUAACAAACACAAAGGCUCUUUUAAGAGCCGCUACAUCCACUAAAGACGAUCCUGUGUCAUUACAAACAAGCGCAUAAUUUAUUUCUAUGAAACCUCUGCUGUCUGCUGCCUUUCCUUUACAAUAAACCAUAAUUUGAUGGAUUUAUCUCUUAACCUCUCAAUAUAGCAAAAUCGUUGUUUUUUGUAAUAGUUUCUGUUAAAUAGUUUGUAUUAAAGACUAAUUUAAACAACUAGUAUUUGAGUUACAUACUCAUGAUGUAGAUGGUUUUGCCUGCUGCCCCUAUCACUAUAUUUAGUUAUACCAAUAUUUAGUGAUCCCACAAGUUUCCCAUUUAAUACACAGUCUUUGACAAUUUAAACCAUGUUUUUCCAAGAGUCAGAUUAUUCACAUGUUCACCAUGAGUUUUGUGUGUGGCCCCAUUAACAAUAACUGUUAAUGCUACUGACUUUUUUUAAGCGUGCUCUUAUUUUAUAAACUAUGUAGUAGUAGUGGUUCUUCAGGUACUUCACGAGUAGAAGAACUGCUUCCAACAACAGAAAUAGUUGUAUUAUGUUUACGUAGGUUUUAUAGUAUGUGUUUAGUAGUGAAAGUAUGGUCCCACAUUUAAUACCACCAAAUCUUGGUCUCCCCUCAGUUUAUUUCAACAAUUUUUCUCAGCUUCAGUAAUUUUAAAAAUAGAACACAAAUGCAAAUGCAGCAAAAGCAUAAACACUGGCAUGGUGUAAAAAUGGCAAACUCUCACAACCAAGGACUUCUACAUGUUUAUGUCUAUUGCUGUUUUCACUAGCCUUGUGCCUUUACAUCACAGGUCAGAUUACUGGAGGCAGCAGUUUCCAUUUACCUUGUCUUUUUCUUAAGUAAGAAGAUGUCACACAGCCGCUUUGAAGCCAUCAUGCGGUUUGUUCAUCUAAGUGACCCUGAUGAGGAUAAAGAAAGUGAGAAAAAAAGGAAUUGUGGUGGGCACGACAGGCUUUUCAAAAUAAAGCCACUCUACACUGAGAUGAUAAAUGCCUGCAAGGCUACUUUCCAGCCUUCAAAAAUAUUCCAAUUAAUGAGCGGAUGGUGGGAAGAGAGUUACCAAUGAAUGAAUUGCUGUUUUUGAACUGGAAGGAUUUUAACAGAGGACGAUGUGUUCCACAGUCCAUGAGGCUCCAUGUAGCAGACAAUCGGGAGGAAAGUGAAGGCUGGUGUUUGGACGAAUAAAUGCAUCCCUGCUCCAGACUUCAUUCCGGACCACAAUAAGAUCAUGGGUGGUGUAGAUUUGUCUGAUGAACUCCUGGGUUUUCACACCAUCUGCCAUAAAACCAUAAAGUGUUAUAAAUCUUUGUUUUUCCAAUUUAUGGAUGUUUCUGUGGGUUGUCAGAGCGUAUGCAGAGGUUUCCUGGAGACACGUCUUUGUGUCUAAACAGCUCUGACGUUUUCAACCUCUCAGUUCUCUCUGCAGAAAGAGCAAACCGGAUGGGUUUGGACACGGCUUCUCUGUUUUAGUUUGGUUAUUUUAUUUAUUAUAUGUAAUAAAUUUACAAUUAUUGAAUUGAA